AUGGUUGCUCUCCGACUCUUUUCACAUCUUGAUCUGGAAUUCUACCUAAAUUUCGGCUUUGAACCCGUUAUGACAGACCACAUUGGAGAUCCUUCACUUUAUCCAGGGGAAGUUCUCGACACAAUAUGCGGAUUCCCCACAAUAUAUCACUACCAGCCAGCUUUGCAAGCCACAAAACCAGAAGAUGAACAACCCAAACCCAACCCAUUAGUUGUGUGCAUACCUGGCUCGAUGCAUCUCGCACGAAUAUUUUAUGGCGGACACAAAGGAUCAAACCCCAAGGAUUUCCUAGCGUACCAGCUCAGCAAUCAUGGGUUCAACGUCCUAUCACUCUCCUACCCACUCGAAACAACCCCCGAAAUAAUGCCGAGCACCGGUGCCAGUUUCCGAAUCCCAGACUGGGGUCAUCAAGCUGCCACGACAGCCAAAAAGAUUAUCGAAGAGAAAGCCCUGUCUACACGGUCCAUCAUUCUCAUCGCGUGGAGUAUGGGCGGCCGAAUGAUUGUUCCUUUCAACAUUGCAGCUAAAAAGCUAGGCUUCGAAGUCCAGCAAUUCAUCGGCUUCGCUGCCACGCCUGGAAUCUCGAAGAUUCGUAAUCCGGCGCCGGGUAUGGCGUGCAGCGAGGCGGGGUACUUUUGCAUCCCUGAUCGAUUGGGUAAUUUCUACGAGCAAGUCCAAUUGAUGGAGGAAUUCAAUGAUGGCCAGACUGCAGUCCCUAAAGACGUUUUCUUACGCGAGUAUGUGGGAGGCACACCGAUCAAUUUGACGGGUGUACGGAUGAAAUAUGAUGGGGUGGGAGCUUUUGUUCAAGACGAGUUGACGCACGAAGAGGAUACGGGAGUCUUUGAUGUGGCCAAUCUGCCGUUUAUUACGGCUCUUUAUCCAACUGGGAUUGUUGAUGCUAGUCACGCGUUGGCUGAUCGGGCGAGCUGGGGCUUCCUGCUCACCUAUCAAUUAGAAGCUAUGGUUGGGAAACGGGGUUUACAAAGAGUUAAGGGGACAGAGAGGUGGCAGGAGUUGAUGGAUUUGGUUCAUGCAGCUCCAGGGCGGCUGUGUUUUCCUGUUCCGGGCAGUCAUUUCUUCUUCGUUGGAGAAGCAUCUGCUCGUGAGGUAGCUGAGAAAGUGGUUAAGCUUAUCUCUGUUGCGGGGGAAUUUCAGGACACAUUAUCUGGAAUCUUAUCAUUGACUGCUCCACCGUUAUAA